GCUCAAACUUUUGCCCUCUCCUCUCUCUCUCUCUCUCACCGACGCUUGCAGCCCCCACUGUCUCAUUAUCUUUGAUAUUUCAAAUAUUUCUCUGAUUUAAAAAAGAAUACCCAUUUGCUUAAAUAAGCUCGAUCGUCAUCGUCGUCGCCAAAUAUUCCACCCUUUUGUUAUUUUAACAUUUUCCCAUCUCGAAUUUAGUUGCGGUAGGUCGGCUGACGAUCUUAAUUUGGCGCGGCAAUUGCUUUUUUAAAACAUGCUUAUUUCGAUUCGAUAGAGAUUCAUGUCGUCAGGCAGUUGUUUGUUCUUUUCACAAUGGACAUUUUUAUUUGAUUUUUCUGUCAAUAAUGCAGAUUAAGUCCAUACGAUUCAUAUCUCCUGGUUUUCUUCUUUUAAUUUUUUAUCACUCAGCAUGCUUUAAUGGGUAUGAUUUAAAUUCAUGGAUUGCUGCUUUAAAGCAUUGAAGUGACCUAAUUUUUGAGAUGAUCUUUUCAGGAACUGAGAAAUUUUGAAUUUGGCAGAAUGUUUUGAAUCUGUGAAAGAUCAAAGAAGUCAUUUGGGAAAAUGACAGUUGAUCGCCAGGAAGUUAAGGCUGUGGAGAAGAGGAGCGCCGUGCUCGUCGGGAUCCUAAUCGACAGCACGAGCAGAGAGCUGCUCAACUGGGCUCUGGUGAAAGUUGCAGAACCCGGCGACCGUGUUCUUGCAAUUCAUGUUUGUAGAGAAUCCGGUCCAAAGAAUAAAGCCUUGUUGGAUGAUUAUUUGGAAGAUUAUGAAGGUCUUUGUCAUGUGAAGCAGGUAGAACUCACUGGCAAGGCCUUGUCGGGAAGCUCCAUCCGAAAGGUUUUGGUGAGAGAGGCAAAGAAGUAUGCAGCCGCGGCUGUAGUUUUGGGGAUAAGCAGGCAGAAUGCUCUCAGGGGUUGGGCUUCAAAAGCCAGAUAUUGCGCCAAGCAAUUGCCACUGACUACCGAAGUUCUGGCAAUCCAUGAUGGGAAGGUUAUUUUCAGAAGCUUUUCUCGAAAUCUUCUUCCGGGACUUGGUGGAGAUCCAAAGCCAAGCAUUUGUCUAAUAAGAAACUCCACUGUCAAAGAAAAUUCUUCGGAAUAUGGUGAUUCUGAGGCCUCAGAGACAGAAAAGCUGGGUUCCGAAGUGGUUCAGAGUUUCGAAAAGGGAUUGAGCAAUGUUAGUGAAGUUUUGAAGGAUGACUGUUUUAGUUUUGUUGAUGAGCACAGGCGAGUUUCCGCGAGAUCAGUCUCUCUCUCUUCAGAUGAACUCUCAAUCUCUUCAGAGCAGAGUCCUGGUUGGCCUCUACUCCAAAGAGCGAUUUCAGUAGAUACAUCACAAGCCCUGGGAGCUAGAAACAUGUCUGUGGUGCAAUGGGUAAUGACUUUGCCGAAUCGGUCUCCUCUGGAAACUACUCUGAAGGGUAGAUUUUCUUCAAACAACAAAGAAAUUCCUUUGGGAGGAAAGACUGGUGAGCUAGUAGAAAAGUUGAAACUUCUUCUCAGCAAUAUGUCAUCUAUGUGCCAGUGGUUCAGUUAUGAGGUUUUGAAGAACUGUACUUCUAAUUUUUCCUCAGAAAAUUUGAUUGGAAGAGGAGUGUGCAGCCGUGUAUACAAGGGGGUUUUCCCUAAUGGCAAACCGGUGGCGGUAAAGAUUUUGAAAUCAUCCAAGGAAGCAUGGAAGGAUUUUGUCCUGGAAGUUGAGAUUAUAUCCUCAUUGAAGCACAAAAGCAUUAUGCCUUUGCUGGGAAUCUGCAUUGAAGAUAAUGAUCUUAUCUUUGUUUAUGAUUACUUAUCUAAAGGAAGUCUAGAGAAAAACCUGCAUGAUGCAGAAGAAAAGUCCGUGUUGUCAUGGGAAGUGAGAUUUAACAUAGCUUUGCAGGUUGCUGAAGCCUUAAGUUACCUACAUGAGGAAUGUUCUCGGCCCGUAAUACAUAGAGACAUCAAGUCUUCGAACAUUCUACUGUCAAGUGGGUUUGAACCACAGUUAUCGGAUUUCGGGCUUGCAAUAUGGGCACCAACAACUUCAUACCUUCUAACUCAAGGUGACAUAGUUGGAACUUUCGGCUAUCUUGCUCCAGAGUAUUUCAUGUAUGGGAAAAUCAGUGACAAGAUUGAUGUCUACUCCUUUGGAGUGGUUCUACUUGAACUGUUAUCGGGAAGAAAACCAAUUGGUUCUGAGACUUCUAAGGCCCAAGAGAGUUUAGUCAUGUGGGCAAAGCCGAUAUUAGAGAGUGGAGAUCCAAGGGGCAUACUUGACCCAAACUUGAAUCAAAAUUUUGAUGAGGUUCAAGUUCAAAGAAUGGUUCUUGGAGCUGCACUCUGCAUCACCCGGACAGCUCGGCUUCGUCCUAGAAUGAGCCAGAUACUGAAAAUCUUAAGAGGGGAAGAAGAUGUCAGCCACUUUGUGAUUUCUCAACCCAGUGAUCAAGAAGUUUCGGAAAAUCUGGGUGAGAAUGAUGAUGAAGUUUAUCCCGACUCAAGCGUGGAAUCACAUUUGAGUCUUGCAUUUCUAGAUGUAGAUGAUGACUCUACUUCGCUCAGUAGUGUGGAGCAAAGCAACAGUAUCGCUAUUGAGGAAUACUUCAAAAUGCGAAGUCGGUCAUCAAGCUUCAACUAGUACCCCCUCUACCAUCUUACUUUGGAUGAGACAGUUUUGUCAUCAACUCAGCUGGCAGAUUUACAGUUUUUCUUGUAAAAUUGAGAGGGAAAGAAGUGUUUGCACCCGAUCACAAUUGAGGUGGUUUGUAGAUUUAGACAUGUAGAAUCCAGUUGCAAUUAAUACCAUGGAAGGAUCUAACUGUGCAA